GACAGUUAGACUUAGAGAACAGAAAAGAGUUUGUAAGGAGAGGCAGAGACAGUUAGACUUAGAGAGACAGAAGAAGUUGGACAAGGAGAGGACUGAAGAGUUGGAGAGAAUAAAGGAGAUGGAGAGAAGACAACUGUUUGAGUUUGAAAAACAGAAGCAGAAUGAGAGAGGGAGGCAACAGCUUCUGGAGCUUGAAAAGCAGAGACAAAGAGAGAGAAUGGAGAGAGAGGAGCAGGAAAAGAUGAGACAGCAAGCCAUACAACAGGAGGAAGACAGACAGAGAGAGUUGGAAAGGGAAAGAGUGCAAGAGUUGGAGAGAGAGAGGCAACGCGAUCUGGAAAGACUAAAACAGAGAGAGUUGGAGAGACAGAAACAGUUGGACUUUGAGAGACAGGAAUUGGAAAACCAGAGGGAUAGAAAAAGGGAGUUAGAGAGGGAGAGACAGAGGAUAGAAGAACUGGAGAGAAUAAAGGAGAUGGAGAGAAGACAACUGUUUGAGUUUGAAAAACAGAAGCAGAAUGAGAGAGAGAGACAACUGCUUCAUGAGCUUGGAAAGCAGAGACUAAGGGAAAAGAUGGAGAGAGAGGAACAGGAGAAGAUGAGACAGGUAGCCAUACAAGAGGAGGCAGAGAGACAGAGAAUCAUGGAGAGGCAGAGGAGAGAGAACCAGGAGAGGGGGGUGCUGGACUCUUUACCUCUCAGACCUAAAAUGCUGGAUCUAGACUCUKGGUGCUGGUCUCUGGGUGACCUGCACUCCAGAGGCAGUCCCCACUCCCCUAGUGUCCGAUGGAAGCAGCCCUCUCCCUGGGCAGAUGACCACUACAGACCUGGUAUCUUGGACAUAGACUCAUUCAGGUCCCARACCGAGACACAACCCUUGCCCACUAGAGAGGUGUUCCCUGUUACUGGCAUCCAGGGCUCAGACCCAGGUAGUGGGGUGAGAUCCCACCCCCACUCUCCAGAAAGGGAAGGUGGCCAUAGGAUGGCUCCCGAGGGCGCAGUGGGGCGACCCAGUACAGUGUGGGCCCCCUCUCAGCAGGAGCUGUGGGAGCAGAGGCUAAGCAUCGACGAGGAAUCAGUGGAUAGGCCCAUGGCUGGACCAGAGCCACCCAGGAAGCCUGCCAAUAAACCCAGCCUGGAGCAGCUCCUCCACAGGCUGGAGGACAGGGCCACGGCCCCCAUCCUGGUCCCAGAGAGACGCUGGUCUGGUAUGCCCAGUGAACCAUCCUUCCCCAGGAGAGCGCCCCACAGCCCUGGGUCCCCCAUGGAGCAGACCUGGUUCCCCCAGGACUCAGAGCCCCAGGGGCACAGGGUAGAGGCCAGAGGCCAGAGGAGAUCUCAGGGCUCCCAGGAGCUGAACCGGAUSAGGUCCCGCAGCGUGUCCCGUAGAUCAGCCCCGUCUGAGUGUGCUAUGGAGGGGAGCCUGUCCAGGAUCAGGUCCCGCAGCGUGUCCCGUAGAUCAGCCCUGUCUGCGAGUGCUAUGGAGGGGAGCCUGUCCAGGAUUAGGAGCAGGAGUACACAUAGAGAGAGAGGCCGACAGAGCUGGGAGCAGUUGAAGCAGAAUGUGGACGGUGAGGAGGGGAGGGACAUGGACACACUGGUCCGUGAGACGGACAGUCAGUACGGGACCUGGGAGACAGGACUGCACACUGACGAUAGCCUGACUCCUGCCACGCCCCCCUCAGACAGCCACCCCAGUCAAUCCCCUCGGAAACCCACUCCACUUUACACGCCAGGGGAACAUGUCCACACCCCGCCCAGUGACCUCGACACUCCAGACGGCUUCUCUGCCCAGCCCGAGAUACAACCACUCCCCUUCCCUGAGGCCUCCACCAGCCUACUGGACUCCAGUGCUCUGCGCUCCAGGGUGCAGUUGAGUAAGAUGCGGGGGCCACGUUCACGCCCCUCCAGGGUCUCUCGUCAAACUGCUGCUCUGUCUGUACACCCAGAGGGACAGGCCACGCCUACUGAGGACUGGCGCUCUCGAGACUCCACAGAGGACAAAGUGGAGUCUUCCAAGAAGGACUCAGACUCUGAGGAGCAAGCGAGAGGAGCAGACCCCCGCUCUGCUGCUGCCUCCUCCCAGCCCCAGAGAGUCGCCCUCUUCCCUGGGAUGGACCCGUCUGCUCUCAUGGCCCAGCUUAAGAAGAGAAGCGAUUCUGACAAUCAGACAGAGGGACCCGCCACUUCUCCCUCCCAGUUAUCCCGUUCUCCUAAAUCACCCUUCCUGCCCCGGGCGUCCCGUGUGCUGCCCCCCUCCGUAGGGAAAGAAAAUGGUGAAGAGGCCUCACCACAGUGGCUGAGAGAGCUGAAGUCCAAGAAGCGCUUGAGUCAGUAUGAAAAUGACAGCUAAGUGUGAAUGAGCAGGUUGCCUUAACUGAAGAAUCUGGUGGAGAAUCGGAAAGUAGCCUUAACAUUGGACCCUGAGAAGAUGGGAAUUCUGCUGCUGACGUUGUAAUUCGUCAUCUGUUUGUUUCUUUUCUCUGUUCUCUUCCUGCCUUGCUCAAAUCCAUGUGCAUGGUGCCUUCUUUCAGACAACCUCGGUCUUAUGGAUGAAACGAGCAAGGGAAAACAUGGGGCUGCUCUGCUCAGCGUGUCCAUUUCACUGCUAGCUCCUCCACCUCCUGUGUCAGGGGGGUCUUUGCAUAAAGCCACUUUACCCUCUCACGUGACAGGGAAGACUACGGAAGGGGGCGAUCCCAUUCUCUCCUGUCAGGUUGUAUUUCAUUAAUGGUUAACUUGUGGGACCACAUGCCUCUUAACCUGGAAGUGCUUCAAUAAGCUGGAGGACAGUAUAGCACCUCCACAAGACAUAUUUUUAUUUCGUUUUCUCUUUUAAAUAUCAUUUUCAGGUUAGUCUAUGUUAAUUGUAUCUGUCAGUGGAGGAGUGUUGGAAAAUAUUUCAGAUUUUAUUUUUUGUCAUGGAUCAUAGAGAACAAAACACUGCUGAACUAAUGGUCAGCCAGCCUGUAUUAUGUGUUACUAAUAAAUAUGGUAUCUGUAAUCAUGAAAUGUUAUAUUUUGUAUUGUUGCUAAUUUGGAAGCUGAAUGCUGGGUUUGUAUGGAGAGCAUUUAAAGCAUCACUACAGCAGAGGUCCCCAACCCCAUUCCUCUGAGCCACUCAGUGACUGAUGUCAUGAACUAACUGAGAAUCUGUUGUGUUGACGUCAUGCAGUCCCUUUAAACUUAUGGGUGAAGAGGAAUGCUUUGUGUUCGCUGUAUUUUCAAUCAUGUCUGAAUCUGUUUCUACUGGUGGGAAAGGGGAGGGGAAGGGUUAAUCACAAUGGACAUCUACCUCCAUCUCAAUUACACGCACGCACGCAUGAACGCUAAUCAGCCUGUUCUUCCUCCCUUCACCUCCACUUACCUCUUCAGUGAAAGAUCAAAUGAUUGUGUGUGUAAUACUGAUGGAUGAGUGAGUAAGGAUUGCAAGGAAAAUGUACAUGUUACCAAUGAGCCAUACAUUCAAUGUGCACUCCCUGGUUUCUGUUUUACCAGCAUGUCUGCAACACAUCUCCCAUUUAGCGACCUCACGUGCAUUUUCCCAUCAUUGUUUGGGAAAGGAUAUGCAUGCACAGUCUCUGGUCCUUUUUAUCAUGCUUUACUCAGACACUUAACUGAAUGGCCACACCAAGUAGCAGUGGUACAAUCACAGUCUGGAUAUCAUGGCUUCAUCCACAACUGUAAUGGUCCCAUUGUGCACAUGGUCGGUGGAGUAUGGCGUACACUACUCCAGUGGGGAAUGCAAGUAAAGUAUAUUGUUUUGAGAUGAGGGUGGUAAUUUACCCUUUUUUUCUGCACAUGACUUGGACUAUUUGCACCAGUUGUUUUAGGGCUUGUUUGAGCUGACUUAGGCCAUUCCCCUGACCAUGUUAGCCGUGCUCCACUGUCCCACUACUUCCACUACAGCAUUUUUGUAGACAGACGUUGGAACGCUAAUGCAAUGCAAGUGAAUGUUUUGAGUUGUUGUCCCUUUGGUGUCUGUCCAUGGAGUUUGACUUUGUCAUUACUUAUUUUUUUCUCUUUCUCGUCUGUUUUAUUUGAAAGUAAAAUGUAUAUUGCACUGUUGUAAGGCCGUUGUUCAAAAGUGUAAAUUCUCAAUAAAAUGUACUGCGUUAAGCUUC